CCCUAAUCUCCCCUGUACAUCUCUAUGUGAUCCCCCAGCAGCACCUUGUGUUUAUUGCCCUACCCAGGGCUGCUCCCAUACACAAACACACAGGGUCUCCUGGAAUCACCCAGCCAUGUGCAGCUCUCCCCUCCCCCUGCACCCCCUGGAGCAACAUCAGCCAAUCCCUGCUCUGGGAGCUGUACCAGGCAGCCCUGAGACCCCCACCAUGGGAUAAAGCCCACUCCCAGCACCUUGUCCUAUGAGAACAAACUUCCAGGGAAAGUGAGAGCAGAGAGAGAAGGUGACAGGGUCCUCCAGAGACAAGGUACUGCUGUGAGCAUCUCUGUCUGUCCGUCUGUGCCCAGCCUCUGUGUUCCAGAGUGACAUUGGCUGGAAGGAGUCGCACUGUGGAUUUACCAGGGACUCGGAGGAAGAUGCCCAACAGCAGCAUCAGAUCAGAGCUCAUCACAGAGAGGGGCUGCUCAGGACCUGCCAGCAAUCUCAAUAUAGGUCACGGAGGUUUGAAUCAGCUAGGUGGUGCCUUUGUGAAUGGGCGACCCCUGCCAGAGGUGGUGAGGCAGCGAAUAGUUGACCUGGCACAUCAGGGGGUACGUCCCUGUGACAUCUCACGACAGCUCCGAGUCAGUCAUGGCUGUGUCAGCAAAAUUUUGGGCAGUAGGUACUAUGAGACAGGCAGUAUUCGGCCAGGCGUCAUCGGAGGUUCCAAGCCCAAGGUUGCCACCCCCAAAGUGGUGGAGAAAAUCGGAGAUUACAAACGCCAGAACCCUACAAUGUUUGCCUGGGAAAUCAGGGACCGGCUGCUGGCAGAGGGGGUGUGCGACAAUGACACAGUUCCCAGCGUCAGCUCUAUCAACAGAAUCAUACGCACCAAAGUACAGCAACUUUUUAACCUGCCUAUGGAGAGCUGCGUAAAAUCACUGAGCCCAGGACAGACUUUAAUCCCUAGUUCAGCAGUCACGCCCCCUGAGUCUCCCCAUUCAGACUCUCUGGGAUCCACGUAUUCCAUCAGCGGUUUGUUGGGAAUCACGCAGCCCGGCGCGGAUGGAAAGCGCAAACUUGAUGACAGUGACCAGGAGAGCUGCAGGCUCAGCAUUGACUCCCAAGGCAGCAUGGGGAUCAGUAGGAAACAGCUGCGCACCGAGGCAUAUGGGCACCACCCUCUGGACGCCCUGGAGUGUCACUUCCAGAGACAACAUUUCCCAGAGUCCUACUCCUCUUCCACCCACAGCAAAACAGAACAGGCUCUAUAUACCCUACCCCUGCUCAACAAUGCAAUGGAUGAUGGGAAAUCUUCACUGACUUCCACAAACACAACAAUUGGUAGAAACCUCUCGACCCACCAGGGAUACUCUGCUCUAUCUGAACUCUCAGCCUUCACCAUUAAACAAGAGGCUUCAGACAGCUCCAGCGCUAGCUCCACCCCUUCAUCUUUAUGUAGCCCCACCUUCCUGGAUCUGCAGCCAAUCAGCUCAGGAUGCUCAGCGCCAUCCUUCAGCGCUUUUUCACACCCCGCAUCUGUGUACGGCCAGUUCACAAGCCACAUGGCCUCAGGUCGUGAUGUGGUUGGAUCCACGUUGCCAGGGUACCCACCUCACAUACCUAGCGGGCAAGGAAAUUACGCCUCUUCUGCGAUUGCUGGAAUGGUAGCUGCAGGAGGUGAUUACUCUGGAAAUGCCUAUAGCCAUGGGGCUUAUGCAGCCUACGGAGAGAGUUGGCGUUUCCCCAGCUCAAGCCUUCUAGGCUCUCCCUAUUACUACAGCUCUGCCACAAGGACUGCACCUCCUCCCACAACGGCAGGAGCCUAUGACCUUCUGUAGUCUUCAUGGAGACCGUUGAGUAGCAUCAUCAACAAAGCAACCCGGCCCUGGGAAAGUGGCUUAAUGGUGGACAAAACUAACCAUGGCAACACAUGGUCACAAGUGUUAUGAGACAACAAGUAACAAGAACAACAUAUCAAACAUGGACUAAAGUUACCCUUUUAAUCUUGGACUUCCUGGAGCUGUGGAUGAUAUUCGGUAACGCAAGAGAUGAAACCUCCGAAGAAGAUACAAAGAAAAAUCACAUUCAUUGUUUCUGCAAGCCUAACAAGGAAUAUUUUUUUGUUCUCUCCACAAAUGUAGAAAAUGUAUAGAGCCAUGUACAAGGGUGUUACAUACAUUUAUAUAUUGGGGUAUAUAACAAAAUAUUUGCUAGGCAUUUCAGCUGCGAUGUGUAGUUAGCCUAACAAUGUGUAGUUUCUCCUGUUGAUCCUAAGGACAAUGGUAAAGACGGCCAGGGUCAGACUGGGCUGCCAGAGUACCACAGGAUCUCUAAAUGGGCCCAGGAUGAUUCCCUUCAGUCCUUUCUUAUUUUCACCAUAGGUUUAGCACAGUCUACAUGGAAUUGCUGUGCGCCCUCCUUGUCAGGUUCUCCUAUGUUCCCUAGGUGACCCAAUUUGCAAAUUCAUUGCAACUCUUGCAGCUCUGCAAAUGGAGCUUCUUAAUCUGUUCUCAAACUUCCAACAACCUGCAGUGGAUGCUGGGCAAUUUAGUUUAACAACAGAUGGAGCAAGAGAACACUGUAGUACAAGGAUUUCCAACUGCACUGUUCUGUACAUUCAGAGCUGAGCAAGUGCUGGACCUGGCAGGAAACAAACCAACUGCAGCCCAUUCGUCCCCUCUCCGUAACAUCCCCAAAUUAAAAUGGUGAAGUAAAACACCAAAAAGAAUGUUGGCAGGAAACACUACACAUUGUUUAAAGGUAAUCACCCUGAACUGCCCUUGAUUUACCUUUCUCUGUAACACAAAAAAAAUGAAGUAAGCAUUCAGCUGCUCCUCUCAUCUGCCCUCUUUGGUUUAAAAGUUUAAUAACUGUCCCUUAUUUAUAUGGAGUUGGCUCUGGGGUCUGACAGCAAAAAACUUCCUCCCUAUUGGUGGAAGUGCCUUCUGGAUAAACGGAGGCAGAAAAGAGUUGUAUGAGGUGGGCCCGCAGGCUGCUGUUCUCAUCCCAAUGCCGUGUUCCGUGGCAUGUUUACAAAUGCAGCAAUAUUUUAUCCAGUACGAGGAGGGAACAUAGAACAUAAACCCCCUUACCCUUUCCUCUCACUUAAGAAUAAGCAAUGCACAUAUCCAUUAAUUUAGUAGAGUAACUAUAGGAUACCUGGCCCCAUAUCACAAUCUUUUUAGGGCCCCUUAAGCUUUGGGAAUAAGAUACAAUAUACCACUUUAUCAGUUAGUGGCCCACUGGGCCCCCUAAAUAAAUUGCCAUUCAGCAUUUGGAUUUUAUUACUGUCCACUUUUAAAAGAAAUAAUUUUUUUGAAAGCAGAAUUUUCCCAAGGCUGCCCAAUGAACACACUCAAAGCAUCCCUGCUGGGAAGGGAGUACAAGUUGGGUUUGUAAUGCUGCAUUUAAGUAAGUGAGGAGGGGAAAUGCUGGAGUUGUUGUACUUCCACUCCCUGCACAGCUGCAGGAGCAAAGACUGCACAAAUAGACUCAAAACUGUAUAUAAAUAUAUGUAUGUACAAAAUAUACAUCUAUGCAGAGCUCUGUCUCUAUAUAUAUAUACUGUUUUUAUAGCCACAAGGGCUGUACCAGUGACUGGAAUGCACUAGUUAUUCAUACUCUUAGUGCCGGUUCACAAUCACUCUAGAAAUCUGACUUGGAAGAAGAUGCAAAUCACACAGCGGGGCUAAUUUACUAAGAUAGGUGCUAAAUUGCCCCUGAGUGUAAUCACCCAUGGCAACCAGCCAACAAUUAACUGUGAUCUGCCCACUUAUGUUAGAAAUGAAAGAUCUAAUUGGUGGUUACUGGGACACGUUAAUACCUAUGUCAGUGAGUCAGCCCCAUGACUGUGUGUUAACCAGUUGGGCCAAAGGCUAUGAAUUAACUUCAUUUUGAUUGGGACAUCAACCUGCAAGUGUUUCUAAUUACUUGUGCCAAGGCAUAGACAUAAGUUAUAUUCUGUUUGCCCUUCCUGUUUUCGACGUGGCGGCUCAGUGCACACAAACGCUGGGGAAUAUAAUGCAAGAGGUUACAAUGAAGGAAAGACUUAAGAUCAGGCAUUAUUCCAGGAUUGUGUCUGCUCCGCACUAAAUGACUUUAUCACAUGGCCCUGUCUGUGGGAAUACAGUAACUGCAGGGCCAGACUGUAAAUAAAUAUUUGUAAUAUAAAAUAUUUUAAAUAAAUAAGCAUGAAGGAAA